CUCCUUCCAUUCACUUUCUAGUUUCUUCUCCUCCUCCUCCUCCUCACCCAAACAACUCAUUCCAUUUGCAAAUCCGAUUUCAAAUCCCGAACCAAAUUCCAAUCUCAGUUCCGAUUUCAAUAACUGAAAUGACGGACAGAGUCUACCCGUCAUCCAAAGCCGCCAUCAACGGCGGCACUAUGAACGGCGGCAACAUGAACGGCGGAACCGCUACAACUACCGCGGCCAACCCCACAGCGACAAAGCCACAGCCUCUCAGACAGCCCUACCGGCCUCAGCCGCAGUACCACCACCGUAGACACCGCCGCAGCAACCGGAGCCUCUGCUGCUGCUGCUGCUUCUGGUCGAUACUGAUAUUCCUGAUUCUCGCUCUCCUCGCCGCCAUAGCCGGCACGGCGCUGUAUGUUCUCUACCGCCCUCACCGCCCCGAGUUCACCGUGACCUCCUUCAAAAUCGGGAAGCUGAACCUCACCGACAGCCCCGACGGCGCCAGCUCACACCUCGCUACGCGCUUCAACCUCACUCUGGCCUCUAAGAACCCGAACAACCACCUCAGCUUCGCCUACGAGUCCUUCGCCCUCACUCUCUCCGCCAACAACGACGUCCGUCUCGGCAACGGCUCGAUCCCGGCCUUCUUCAGCGACACCAAGAACUUCACUUCGUUCCGGUCGAUCAUCACCGCCGCGAGCGAGCUCGAUGUGGAGUCGGCUAAGUCGCUGAGAUCGGAUCUGAGAAGAAAGGGCGGGGUGCCGAUGAAGCUCCAGAUGGACACCAAGGUGAAGGUGACGGUGGGGGGGAAGCUCAAGAGCAAGAACGUGGGGAUUAGGGUUACGUGUCAGCAAAUCAAGGGGGUAGCACCGAAAGGUAAGUCACCGUCGGUGGUUGAUGUUGCUGACUCCCACUGCAAGGUUGAUCUUCGGAUCAAGAUCUGGAGAUGGACCUUUUAAUCAUUACUCAAUUCCCCUCCCUCUUAAUUUCUAUAUCAUUUAAUUCAUUGUCAUUUGCUUUUUUUGAAGCACCUUUGAUUUUUUUUUCUUUAUAUGGUUUUUUUUAUCUGGAGGAAAUUGUAAACUUUAUUAUAUCACAGAUCAAGAAUUGGUCGAAGAGUUUGAUUCAA